CAGCUGUUGGUUAUCGGCAGUACUUUCCUCACGCCGUGACAGCGUGAGGAAAGUGCUACCGAUGACAGGUAACUGUAUUAGGUGGCACUGAUGAGGUGGCACUGAUGAGCAUUGCGGCAGUUGUCAGAGCGGGGAUCGGCACCGAUCAUCAGGGCACUGAUGAUCAGUGCCCUGAUGAUCGGUGCCCAGCAGUGACACCCGCAAGUUCCGCCCAGCAGUGCGCCCACUAGCCCCACCCACCCGUGCCCAGCAGUGCACCCACCUGUGCCUAGCAGUGCCCCCACCUGUGCCCAGCAGUGCACCCACCUGUGCCAC